AUGGUUCUAACAGGCUUCAGAUUUUCUCCCACAGACGAAGAGGUCAUCGAAAUCUUGAGCCAGAAAGUGUCUGGAAACACUUCCAUGGCGGCUUUCGAUUUCAUCAUCCAAAAAAAUAUCUAUGAUUUUGAGCCGCAAGAGCUUCAUGGGAGUGAAAGUACUAUAGGAUUAAACAAGAACGAGAGAUAUUACUAUUGCAGAAGGGAGAGUGAUUCAAGAGAAGUGAUGGGAAGAGGAUGGUGGAAGGCUACAAGUCAUGUAAAGGCUGUUUCUUCACCAAAUGGAGAAGUGAUGGGUUAUAAAAGACCUUUAACUUUUCAUAGGUUUAAAGAUAAUAUCCAAGGAAACCGAAAGGGAGCCAUCAAAACAGAUUGGAUAAUGCAUGAAUACGGCCUUCAAUCAAUUCAUACGGAAUGGAGACUGUGUAAGAUUAAGUACAAAGGGAAAGAAAAGGUUGAAGAGGACAUGACACCAAUGGAGAAAACAUUCGGACAUAGUAAUAAUAAGACUCUAUUAACGAGUUUCGAAGCUAAAGAUGGCAGCAGCAGCAGCAGCAAUUCCAUAGCUCCCAUGCAGUUGGAGCUUGCUUUCGAACAGCCGCCAUUGACGCAGCCCAUAUUACCUGUAAACAACGACAUUAAUUAUAAUUAUGACAGUUAUUGUUGGUCCAACUCCAACAUGAUGCUUUAUGAAGAUCAUCAGUUGGCUGAUCAAUUAGACACCCUAUCAGAGCAGCCAUUUUCAGACCUUUGGUCAUGGGAUGAUUACCAUUAG